CGAAAAGGCAAACAUCAGUCGUGAGCAUUUUCACCAUUUAUUAUAAAGAUAUUAGACGCUGUACUAUUUAAUAUCACCACAAUAAAAUGGCACGUCGAGACUACGCUCAAGACAAAGAAUCCAUCAAGACCUUUUUGUCGGAAUUCUGCCAGACGGACGAUGAUGGCAAAAAAAAUUUUGUAUAUGGCACGCAGCUGGUGAAGCUGGCGCAUCGCGAGCAAGUACUUAUCACCAUCGAUUUGGACCACUUGGCGGAGUUCAAUGAAAGUCUGGCCGAGGCGGUCAUUGCCAACUGCCGUCGCUAUGCAACCAUUUUCAGCGAUGUGAUCGCAGAGCUGCUGCCCAGUUACAAGCAGCAGGAAGUGCACGCCAAGGAUUCACUGGACGUGUAUAUUGAGCAUCGUCUAAUGAUGGAUGCACGCACGCGCAAUCCCCUCGAGCAGCGGGAUGAGCACAACAGCUUUCCACCGGAACUGAUGAAGCGAUUCGAGGUGGGAUUCAAACCAAUGUCCACGGAGAAGGCGCAAUCCAUUCGCGAGGUGAAGGCCCAGCACAUCGGCAAGCUGGUCACAGUGCGCGGCAUCGUCACGCGGUGCACCGAAGUAAAACCCAUGAUGGUGGUGGCCACAUACACCUGCGAUCGUUGCGGCGCCGAGACAUAUCAGCCCGUCAACUCGCUGACAUUCACGCCCGUGCAGGAAUGCCCCUCGGAUGAUUGUCGUGUCAAUAAAGCCGGCGGUCGAUUGUAUCUGCAGACACGUGGUUCCAAGUUCGUCAAAUUCCAGGAGCUAAAGAUGCAGGAGCACAGCGACCAGGUGCCCGUGGGUCACAUUCCAAGAAGCAUGACGGUCAUGUGUCGUGGCGAAGUAACACGCAUGGCUCAGCCUGGCGACCAUGUGCUCGUCUCUGGCGUUUUUCUGCCCAUGGUUCGCACCGGGUUUGCGCAAAUGAUUCAGGGUCUGCUUUCGGAGACGUUCCUGCAGGCGCAUCGCAUUAUCUGCAUUAACAAGAACGAUGACCUUUCUGACAAAGAAUCUGAGCUGACGCCAGAGGAAUUGGAGGAACUGGCUCAAGAUGACUUUUAUGAGCGUCUGGCUACUAGCUUGGCACCCGAAAUCUAUGGCCACCUGGACGUAAAGAAGGCCCUGCUGCUGUUGCUUGUUGGCGGUGUGGACAAGCGCCCCGAUGGCAUGAAAAUUCGUGGAAAUAUAAACAUCUGUCUCAUGGGCGAUCCUGGUGUGGCCAAAUCCCAGCUGCUGGGCUACAUCAGUCGCCUGGCACUGCGCUCACAGUACACGACUGGUCGUGGUUCCUCGGGCGUAGGUCUUACCGCGGCCGUCAUGAAGGAUCCUCUCACCGGCGAGAUGACCCUCGAGGGUGGCGCUCUAGUGCUUGCGGAUCAGGGCGUCUGCUGUAUUGAUGAGUUCGACAAGAUGGCCGAUGCCGAUCGUACUGCGAUUCACGAGGUCAUGGAGCAGCAGACAAUCUCCAUUGCCAAGGCGGGCAUUAUGACAACCCUCAACGCCCGUGUUUCAAUUCUGGCCGCUGCCAAUCCGGCCUUUGGCCGCUACAACCCACGCCGAACUGUAGAACAGAACAUUCAGCUGCCUGCUGCCCUGCUCUCCCGUUUCGAUCUGUUGUGGCUAAUCCAGGACAAGCCUGAUCGGGACAAUGACUUGCGUCUGGCCAAGCACAUCACCUAUGUGCACAGCCAUAGCAAGCAGCCGCCGUCUCGCAUCAAGGCCCUGGACAUGAAUCUCAUGCGCCGCUACAUUAAUCUGUGCAAAAGAAAGCACCCCACCAUUCCGGACGAGCUCACCGACUACAUUGUGAACGCCUAUGUGGAAUUGCGUCGGGAAGCACGUAAUCAAAAGGACAUGACGUUCACAUCAGCUCGCAACUUACUCGGAAUUCUACGCCUGUCCACGGCACUGGCUCGCCUGCGCCUCUCUGAUCGUGUGGAGAAAGAUGACGUGGCCGAGGCAUUACGCCUCCUGGAGAUGUCCAAGGACUCACUGAACCAAAUACACGAACACCAAAAGGGACACAUUCCCAAUACCUCGGAUCGCAUUUUCGCCAUUGUGCGCGAGCUGGCCGGCUCGGGCAAGGCGGUAAAGAUCGCCGACAUCAUGGACCGCUGUACGACAAAGGGCUUCAAACCGGACCAAGUUGAUAAGUGCAUCGAUGACUACGAGGAGCUCAACGUGUGGCAGGUCAAUAUGGGACGCACAAAGAUUACGUUUAUGUAAUGCUUCUAUCUUUUCAAUUCGUAUCUUUUUAAUUAUUUCUAUGUACUAGCCCGUAAGCUCAUUCAUUUAAUUUAGACACAAACUGUUCAUUAAUAAUUAUAAUUCAUUGCCAUCAACGAGAACAGUGCCGUUUUUUAAAGUCCAAUGUUUUGAAAAUGCACUGUAAAUAAA